AUGCAGCACUACGGGGUCAAUGGCUACUCACUGCAUGCCAUGAACUCACUCAGCGCCAUGUACAAUCUGCACCAGCAGGCGGCCCAGCAGGCCCAGCACGCCCCCGACUACCGGCCAUCAGUGCACGCACUUACACUGGCUGAACGACUGGCCGGCUGUACAUUUCAAGACAUCAUCUUGGAGGCCCGCUAUGGUUCCCAGCACCGCAAGCAACGGCGCAGCCGCACAGCAUUCACGGCCCAGCAGCUCGAAGCUCUGGAAAAGACAUUCCAGAAGACACACUACCCAGACGUGGUGAUGCGUGAGAGGCUGGCCAUGUGUACAAACCUGCCUGAGGCCCGGGUGCAGGUGUGGUUCAAGAACCGCAGGGCUAAAUUCCGGAAGAAGCAGCGCAGCCUGCAGAAGGAGCAGCUCCAGAAGCAGAAGGAUGCAGAGGGCUCCCACAGUGAAGGCAAGACCCAGACCCCUCCCCCAGACCCACAGCUGGAGACCGAGCAGCCUCCCAGCCUGCCCAGCGGCGACCCCCCUGCUGAGCUGCACCUGAGCCUUUCCGAGCAGUCGGCCAGUGAGUCAGCCCCUGAGGACCAGCUGGACCAGGUGGAGGAACCCCGGGCAGUGGUGGCAACCGAGGAUUCCAAAGUGGAGAAGAACCCGGGGGCUGAGAACAAGGGACUGGGCUGCAAAAGGGGCAGCCCCAAGUCAGAUUCUCCAGGCAGCCUAGCCAUAGCGCCUACAGCUCCGGGGGGCGGCCUCCUGGGUCCCUCCCACUCGUACUCCUCGUCCCCGCUGAGCCUCUUCCGCCUACAGGAGCAGUUCCGCCAGCACAUGGCGGCCACUAACAACCUAGUGCACUACUCGUCUUUCGAAGUGGGGGGCCCUGCCCCCGCCGCCGCUGCCGCCGCCGCCGCUGCCGCCGUGCCCUACCUGGGCGUCAACAUGGCCCCGCUAGGCUCACUGCACUGCCAGUCCUACUACCAGUCGCUGUCAGCAGCUGCUGCUGCCCACCAGGGCGUGUGGGGGUCCCCGCUGCUGCCUGCUCCCCCUGCAGGCCUGGCGCCUGCCUCGGCCGCCCUGAACAGUAAAACCACGAGCAUUGAGAACCUGCGGCUCCGAGCCAAGCAGCAUGCCGCCUCACUGGGACUGGACACACUGCCCAACUGA